AUGUGGGAGGCAGAAGAAGAGAAAACACGACUACAGCGCUCACUCAGUGCUCAAGGUCUAGAAGACUCUGUCUUGGAAAACCAUAAACAGUGGCGGCUGCUGAGGAACCGCAGCGGUCAGUCAGGCUACGUGCCGUGCAAUGUGCUAGAAGAGGUCAAACCAGGACAGCAGCAGUACAACCGGGCUGCUCUCUUCAACAGACAGGCUGUGAAUCCUUACAAAGGUACCUCCACUGCCCCUGUAAAUCACACUCAGGUUUUGGAGAUGAAUAAAUCCUCCAGGGAUAAAGAUAACCGCAACCAACAGAAGGAGGUAAAUGAUGAACUACUGAAGAGGAUAACCAACAACAAGGCCCAGCCCCCAGUUCGAAACUUUCGGGUGGAGGGCUCAAGGACAUCCGUGACCAUCACAUAUGAAUCCCAGCCCUUUGAGGUUCACGCUUGGCUCAAUGCAAAGGGAUUCUCUAGACCAGUGGUGGAAUGUCUUGGUAUUCUGAACGGGGCUCAACUAUUUUCACUCAGUAAGGAUGAGCUUAAAACUGUGUCCGGAGAGGAAGGUUCCCGUGUCUUCAGUCAGAUCAGUGUGCAGAAAGCACAGAUAGAGAGAGGUAGUGGGGAUUCAGAACUACAGGAGAUCAUGAGGCGACGACAACAUGAUGUGGAGGGCUCAUCCUGGGAAUAA